UCUCUUGCCUCGGUAUUUUAACCCAUCUAGAUUUGAAUCAGGAAGUCUCCUUAUUCCUUCUCCUCUCUCUCUAUUUCUUAGAAUCCAAAGUCUCACACUUGAACAGAGUUGAAACCUCUUCAACCUGAGACAUAUCGAACACUCUAGUUUGUUUGGUUCUUCAUCAUAACAUUUUUUCUUUCUUUUUUGGUUUUAUACUCGUGAUGAUGGCUCAGAAGCACUUACACGAGCUACUGAAGGAGGAUCAAGAACCAUUCCUUUUAAACAAGUACAUUUCUGAUAGGCGUAGCCAAAUGAAGAAAAAUCCUUCCCCAAAGACAAGUUUGCAAGCGAUGAAACGAAAACCAAUCAAUCAAAACUCAAACUUUUCAAUGAAUCUCUGCAAAAACGCUUGCCUUUUCUCCUUCCCAGAAACCCCAGACCUCAGAAAGUCUCCACUAUUGGAAUUCACAUCACCAGCAAAAAGCCCCUGCAAGUCACCCAACGCCAUUUUCCUUCAUAUCCCAUCUCGAACAGCAACUCUUCUCCUCGAAGCCGCACUUAGGAUCCAUAAACAGUCAUCAACCAGUUCCAAAACCAAAACCAAAGGAUUUGGGCUAUUCGGGUCCUUAUUCAAGAGACUAACGCAAAGAAACCAGAACCGAAGAAGGGAAAUAGAGGAUGGUGGCGUGAAGGUUUCUGUGAAGGAUAUCUUAAAGUGGGAUUCGUCUCUUGGGCGUAGAAAACUCUCCAAUGACAAAGAGCAAGAAAAGAUGACUUCUCAGAAAGUCAACAGCAUGGUCAAUGCAAAUGCAAAUGCGUGUGAGGUGGGGUUUCCAUGUACUUACAAUGGAAGGCCUAGCAGUGCUGUGUGGUCGGAGAGCAACGAAGAUAAAUCUCUGGACAUGGAAACCUCGAGUAGUAGCCACUCUGCUGAAGGGAAUCACUUUGUAAUUAAUCACAAAAAUUGUUCUUGCUGCCACCAUGCCUUCUGCGAAAGCCCUUUUCGUUUUGUUCUUCAAACGAGUCCUUCCUCCGACGGCCGCAAGACGCCGGAGCUACCGUCGCCAAGUCGUCACAGAACAGAGGACAAAGAAAGUAAUGGAGCUGAGAGUGUCAACAAAUUCGAGUCAGGGGAAGAAGAGAAGGAACAGUGCAGUCCAGUGUCUGUUUUAGACCCACCCUUCGAGGACGAUGUCGAAGUGCAUGGAAACGACGGUGAGGAGAAUGGUUUUGAUUUGGAGUGCAGCUAUGCCAUUGUACAGAGAGCUAAGCAGCAGCUAUUGUACAAGCUUCGUAGAUUUGAGAAACUAGCAGAGUUAGAUCCAGUAGAACUUGAGAAAAGAAUGCUGGAUCAAGAAGAGAACGAGGAUGAAGAUGAAACAUUUAUGGAAGAGGAUGAGGAUAGCGAAGCAUCAUAUAAAGAAAAUGACUUUAUAAAAGAACUAGUUUUCGAAUCUCUCUGUCAGGCAAGGGUCCACGACAGACAGCAUAUCCCGGAAGAGUUAAAAAAUUUGGUGUCUGAUCUCAUUGUUGAAGAAGAGAGAGAACUAAAGUCCUUAGAAGAUAGGGACUUGGUGAUAAGACGGAUAUGUAAGAGGCUGGAAUUGUGGAAAGAAGUGGAGUCUAACACAAUUGAUAUGAUGGUAGAAGAGGACUUUUCAAGAGAGGAUGGUGAGUGGAAGAAAAAUGUAGAGCAGAUGACAAAGAUGGCUGGGGAGCUUGAGGUUGCUAUUUUUGGCGUUCUGGUGGAGGAAUUUUCAGAGGAACUAGUAUGUUGUUAAUGUGGGUAAAUUUUGAAGCAGCUGAGGAACAUAGUAUGAAUGGUUAUCUUUUUUCUUUUUCUUUAAAAGAGUACAGUCUGACUUGCAACGUAUUGGGAUAGGCUAGUUAGAAAGAAAAAAAAAGGUAACCCAAGAAGAUAAUCUGGGUAUGUACAUGACUCGUCUUUGUAGCUGGCUGU